UAUUUAAUAUAGCAACAAGAAAAAGCUUCUCUUCUAAAGAGCUUGCAGUCACAUUUGAAUUCCACCCAAAGUGGUUUAAGUCAUUAGGGACAAUUUAGGGGGUGGAUAAAAGAAGAGGAUGGUAUUUUGUCUGGAUUUGGGGGAGGUGAGAAAAAUGUGGGGAGGGAGCAAGCUCUAUUAAUAUUGGGUUCUUUUGAAGCUGAGCAGAUAUCUUUCUACAUAUUCUAAACUGCCUCUCGUGCCUGUGUCUGCCCUGUUUUUUUACCAUUUUAUUCUCUAGUAGCAACUCUAGCAUACUUACAGUAUGUCAUCUUCACAAAGGCUUGUCUUGGUUCUUGGAGGAGCUGGCACUGUGGGCUCAGGGAUUGUGAAAUGUCUUUUGCAGAAAGGCUUCCGAGUGGCUGUUAUUUCAAGGGAUACAUCAAGACUGGAGAAGAUGAAGAGUUUUGUGCCAGAUUCAUGCAAAGACAAUCUCUAUACUUUGCUUGGAGAUGUGGGUUCUGAGGAAGGGGCACAAGAGGCAGCAGCAACUUUGCUCAGUCGAGUAGGAAAGGUAACAGAUGUGGUGUCCUCACUGGGGUUCAGCUGGUGGCAGGGGGGCCCUCCACACAUGCAGUCAUUGCAGGAACUGCAAAAGGUGCUGGAGACCCUGCUGCUCAGUACAUUCACUGCCUGGAAAGCUUUCUUCCCUCUAGUGAAGGAUGAGCUAGAAGGCACCUAUACCUUCAUUACAGGGGGAGCUGGAGAACGCCUGCUGAUGCCAGGCACAGGAUUCCUAACUUUGGGUGCAGCAGGAGCCCUGGCCUUUUCCCAGGUUGUCCGUGAGGAAUAUCCAGAUGUUCCAUGUAAACUAAAUGAGAUAAAGAUCAACAUGGGGGUGGCCAAACCAGAACGCCUCGGCCCUGGAUAUGUUAGUCAUCUGGAGGUUGGAGAAGCCAUAGCAACGGUAGUAGAGAAAAAGAGAGUGUCGCAUACUGUAUUAUGUGUCAACUCUACCACAGACCUCAAGACUCUCAUCUUGGAAGGAAAGCUUUAGGAUAUGGGACAAAUUCGACAUUAAGAUAUUGGUAAUAAUCACCCUGGCUAAAUCCCCCCCCCACUCUCUCAAUGUGAGAACUUCAGCUGCAACGACCAGUACAUCAUACAUUCUUCUAUGAACUCCACGAAAUGACCCCAGUGUAUACAAAUCUGGUUAAACGACAGUCCCAAUUACAUUCAGAGAGAAUAUUUAACAGAUAUUACACCUACCUCCUCUUUAAAAAAAGAGUACUUAAAGGACUGUACAGUCUCUAGCUACAGCAACUGCUUGUUAUUCAGCCUUUCUGAGAACACAAUGGGGUAUAUAUAUAUAUAUAUAUAUAUAUAUA